CGUCGAUGGAUGCCUCCCGACCUUCAAUUCAUCCCUCAUCUCCCUCCCCUGCCCCUUUCUCCGCUUCUUCUCCCCUCCAUGUCCCUGCGGAUCCCUACGCUGCCCACGAUCAUCGUCCGUCCGCAGCGGAUCAUCCUCAGGAGGUGGAACUCCAGUCCCUAGCAUGCAGCACCGACACGUCUGAACACCACCGAUUCCUUCAUUACACAGACCACCCCUCCGAUCGUCCCGGUGACUCCGCCUUUCUCUCAUCUGAUCCAGACCCCGACUCCGACUCGGGUUCAUUCCACUCCCUACACACGCGACCCCUAUCCGUCUCCCAUCGUGGCCAAUCCCCCAUGAAGCGCAAAGGCCGCACGGUCUCGAAACGCCGUUCGAAGCCAUCUCUGACCAUCGCCACGGGCCAGAACGGCUACGGAAGCGACAGUAUGGAUUCGUCGAUUGAGAUGCGCAAGAGGGAUACCUCCGUGGAAUCUACCGCCACGCGGGCCAACCGCCUCAUGUCGCGUUCCAGCUUUACCCUCGAUCAUGACCCCCCAAUGACCCCGCAGACACCGGCCAUGACAACUACCUCAUUCGCAGACCUUCCCGCCAGCGAUCGCAGGAACUUCCUGCUGCUGUGCGUGCUAUACUUUCUUCAGGGAAUUCCCAUGGGGCUGGCCACCGGGUCUGUCCCGUUCCUGUUGAAGCCAUACCUUUCAUACGGCCAAAUUGGCGUCUUCUCCCUCGCAUCCUACCCAUACUCGUUGAAGCUGCUGUGGAGUCCGAUUGUCGACGCGAUCUGGAGUCGGCGGUUCGGCAGACGCAAGAGUUGGAUCACCCCGGUGCAGGUUAUCGCGGGCGUGGCCAUGAUCUAUAUGGGCGGACGCAUUGAGGGGAUGAUGAAGGAUGCUGGCGCCAAUGGCGGCGCGGGCGUGUGGAACUUUACCUACUGGUGGUUCUUGCUGGUGUUCUUCUGCGCCACUCAGGAUAUUGCCGUGGAUGGGUGGGCGAUUACCCUGAUGUCGCCACCGAACAUUUCCUAUGCAUCGACUGCGCAGACGGUUGGAUUGACCGCGGGCCAUUUCCUGUCUUACACGGUGUUUCUGGCUUUCAACUCGGCCGACUUUGCCAAUCGCUGGUUCCGGGCUGUCCCCGUUGAAGGAGGACUGCUGUCGCUGGGCACAUACUUGAAGUUCUGGGGCUGGGCGUACCUAGUGGUUACUACUUGCCUGGCGGUGAUGAAGAAGGAAGACCGGACGCAUGAGCGCGACAGCAUCAUGGAUGUGUACCGUAGCAUGUGGAGUGUGCUGAAACUAAGACACGUCCAUACGAUUAUCCUAGUGCAUUUGAUUGCCAAGAUUGGAUUCCAGGCCAACGACGGCGUCACCAGCCUGAAGCUACUGGACAAGGGAUUCGGUCAGGACAACAUGGCGCUGGUGGUGUUGAUUGACUUUCCGUUUGAAAUUGGACUGGGCUACUACGCAGGCAAGUGGUCGACGGAGUAUACCGCGAUGCGGCUGUGGUGCUGGGCAUUUAUCGGACGACUGGUGGCGGCCGUGUUUGCGCAGGCGACGGUGAUGAUCUUCCCGUCGGGCGACCAGAUCCCGACCUGGUACCUGCUGACGGUGAUUGGCGAGCAUGUGUUUUCGACAUUUAUGAACACGGUGAUGUUUGUGGCAGUGUCUGCGUUCCAUGCGCGCAUUGCCGACCCGAGUAUUGGCGGUACCUACAUGACGAUGCUCGCAACUGUUUCCAACUUGGGUGGUACAUUCCCUCGAUACUUUAUUCUCAAGCUGGUGGACAUGUUCACCGAGGCCACCUGUGUUCCACCGACGGUGCCACCCACCGACCUGAAGGGUGACCUGGUCACGGAGGCAUUCUCAUGUGCACUGGAGCCCGACCGGACACGCUGCGUGAAUGGAGGCGGUAUCUGCAAUGUCCAACACGAUGGGUACUACACGACGAACAUUCUGUGUGUGGUGAUUGGGGUGGUGACGUUUGUGUUUUUCAUCCGGCCGGCGGUUCUCAAGUUACAGGGACUGCCAUUGCGGGCAUGGAGAUUAACCCCGGGCAGACAUUAGUAUAGAUAAAUAGCAUAGAGUCGUACCUGGUAUGCAAAGAAUCGGAUGACCAUUGUGCGACAUGACAUUCGGAGUACUCCGUACUCUGUACUCG